ACCACAGCUGCUCCAACAACAACCACAGAAGCAGCAACAACAACCACAGCUGCUCCAACAACAACUACAAACUCAGCUGCAACAACCACAACCACAGCUGCCCCAACAACAACCACAGAAGCAACAACGACAACCACAGCUGCCCCAACAACAACCACAGAAGCAGCAACGACAACUACAGCUGCCCCAACAACAACCACAGAAGCAGCAACGACAACCACAGCUGCUCCAACACCAACCACAGAAGCAGCAACGACAACCACAGCUGGAGCAACCACAACCACAGCUGCCCCUACAACCACCACAGAAGCAGCAACGACAACCACAGCUGCCCCAACAACAACCACAGAAGCAGCAACGACAACCACAGCUGCAGCAACGACAACCACAGCUUCUCCAACAACAACCACAGAAGCAGCAACGACAACCACAGCUGCCACAACAACAUCCACUUCUGAAGCAACGACAACCACAGCUGCUCCAACAACAACCACAGAAGAAGCAACGACAACUACAGCUGCAGCAACGACAGCUGCUCCAACAACAACCACAGCUGCAGCAACGACAACCACAGCUGCCUCAACAACAACCACAGAAGCAGCAACGACAACCACUGUUGCCCCAGCAACCACAGAAGCAGCAACGACAACAACAGCUGCAGCAACUACAAACUCAGCUGCAACAACCACAACCACAGCUGCCCCAACAACAACCACAGAAGCAACAACGACAACCACAGCUGCCCCAACAACAACCACAGAAGCAGCAACGACAACUACAGCUGCCCCAACAACAACCACAGAAGCAGCAACGACAACCACAGCUGCUCCAACACCA